AUGGAAGGAGACGACGCCGCGGGUACUGCGGGAACUGGGUCUGCCGAUGGUCCGGAGACGAUCAGGUGGAGGGACAGUGUACCAUGUAAGUUCUGUAGGGCUGCAGGUGCUGACGACAAGGACAUGGGCAACACCAAUUUCUCCAUCGUCCUCCCGCGUCUCGCAUUCACGCGGUCCGCGGGCGCCAUCCUCGUUGCGAAAGCUGUGAGGGAAAGGCUCGACGUGCCGCCCUGCACGACAAACGCGAGGCACGACGUCGUAGUCCGCGAUCCGGAGGAGCUCAAGGUAUGCUUAAUUCUCUACCUCCAGCUGACGGCCCAGGUCUCCGGCUCCGCGUACAAGAUCAUCCAGCACCGCGCCUACCACCACGGCACAAUGCUGAUCUCCUCCGACCUCUCGACCCUCGGCCGUGCGCUCCGCUCCUCCUCGCCCAACAUGGUCAGCAAGGGCGUCGAGAGCAUGCGCGUGCCCGUCUCGACGAUCAAUCUGCACCGCUCCCCCUCGGCUCGCGAGAUCACACAUGGCUCCUUUGUGUCCGCCGUCCUGGGCGAGUUUGCCGAUGUCUACGGCCCCAGCGACGUCCAGAUCGUGAGUGAGCAGAGCGUGUUUGGCGGAGGUCUCGUAGACACAAAGGGCCAGGCGGGGAUCAGGGACGGCAUGGCCGAGCUGCAAGGGUGGGAGUGGGCGUAUGGCCAGACGCCGGCGUUCGAGAACCACUUCAGCGGCUCGCUGUCGUGUGGCGAGGUGCGGUGCGAGGUGGAGAGCAAGCAUGGUGUCAUCAACAGUAUGACGCUGGAGAUUACGUCGGGUGGAAGAGGAGGAGAGGAACAGCAGGAAGAUGAGGAUGCGCUGGAACGCAUCGCGCAGUGCUGCCUUGGCCUGAGGUAUGAGGGCUUGGAUGGCGUGGGGACGUUCCUGGGCGACUCGGUCAGGCCGGAUCUGAGCUGGGAGGUGCUGGCCACCCAUGCACUCAUUGCCUUCCUUGACUCAACUUCUCUUUCACUAACACUCAAACUCACUCCAAGAACGAAACAUGCCUUUGAUCGAAACAAAGUGAGUCCUCCCUCCAAUAAAGCUGACCCCAGUCUCGCAGGUCUGAAGGACGAACUCGCCAAGGCGCCCUCCGCCAUUGUCAUCCUCACCUCUUCGAGCGACGACAGCGGGCACUGGUGCCCGCCAUGCGCCAAGAUGGAGCCGUACAUCCAAGACUUCUUCGGUACUUCUGACGCUACGGCGAUCGUUGUGCGGCUGCAGAUGAACGAGGUCAUGUCCGAUGCCAACUGGACGCUGGACGCAUGGGGCGGGGGCGGCGUGCCUCUGAUCCACCGCAUUGUUGAUGAAGGAUUCCGCACCGAUUUGGCACGCUUCGUCGAGUCUGAAGAGUCGCACGAGGCGUGGUUGAGGGAGCGCCGGGGGGGCGCAUACGAGCCGCCCGAGACUCGCAUCCCCGCCCAGCGCGCUAGGCUCGAUGACCUCGUCGCGAAGCACCGCGAGCUUGAGAGGAAGUACAAGGAUGUUGCGGGUCUAGACUGA